AUGCCCGAUUCCGCGAGCGACAACCCCGAAGUUGGGCCCAAGGGAGGCUCUCCAAAGCCUGCAUCCAGAUUUGCGGCAGAAGUCGAUACGCGAUGGGGAGAUAUCCUACUGCUCGUGUGCUUCUUCGUGGCCGGUCUCGUUGAUAGUGCCGCGUUCAACAUGUACGGAUGUUUCGUCAGUAUGCAAACAGGAAACACGAUCUUUGUUGGUCUAGGCGUCAGUCACCAACCGGAAAACCUGCCUGGGAAGGCCUGGUCACGAUGUUUUGCCGCCAUUGCCUUCUUCGCCCUCGGAGCUCUGUUCUUCUCUAACUUCCACCGCCACUUCGGUCCCCAGAAGCGCUGGGUUCUUAUCGUCUCGUUCCUCAUCCAGACGAUCCUCACUGGUCUGGUAGCCCUUCUCGCCACCACCGGCGCCGUGUAUAACCAUCCCCAUGGCCGUGAAACUAUCCACGAAGAUGGCUAUAUCACAGAGAGAAUACAGAACUCAUUCCCUGCAUCCGACUACGCGGCUAUCAUCAUCCUCGCAUUCCAGAGCGCGGGACAAAUCGUCGCAAGCCGUGUGCUCAAGUACAAUUCCAUGCCUACUGUUGUACUGACAAGUCUGUACUGCGAUAUGAUGAGCGAUGCGAAGCUUUUCACUGCGCCCAUUACCGAUAACGCUGAUCGAAACCGAAGAGCUCUAGGAGCAAUCCUUCUCUUUGCUGGUGCUGUUUCUGGAGGCUUCUUGUCCAAGUCUUGGGUUGGCUUUGCUGGUGCUCUGUGGAUUGCUGCGUUUUUCAAAUUGGUUAUUACUGUUGCUUGGAUCCUGUGGAAGCCCAAGUCUUCCAAUAAGUAA